CUGAAACAAAGUAUCGGUUGUCAUUUAUCACCUAGUUUGCUUCACUCCUGAUUAACUGCCUGGGCUCUUGCAGCCAUUUGAGUUCUUUUUUUUUUUUUUUUAAUGCUUUUGUGUCUUUGUUUGUUUUUUGCAGGGAAAGAUUCACCCUGAGCUAACAUGUGUUGCCAAUCUUCCUCUUUUUUUCCCUCCCCAAAGCCCCUGUGCAUGGUUGUAUAUCCUAGUUGUAGGUCCUUCUAGUUCUAUGUGAGUGGCCGCCACAGCAUGGCAAGUGACAGACAGGUGGUGUGGUUCUGCGACCGGGAAGCGAAUCCGGCCCCCUGAACCGGUGAGAGUGCUGAACUUUAACCACUAGGCCAUCAGAGCUGGCUUGCCAUUUGACUUCUUGAUUCCAGAUUAGAUGGAGGAAAGCCGGAAGACCACACAGGAGAGUCAUGGGCAAAGGGACAGAAUGGAGAGAAGCACAGUAGAUGGGAAAGUUAGGGAGGAUACAAGAGCAUAGGUUUGCUCUUAGGUGAAUCAUCGAGUAGUGCUAUUGUCAUGGGUUGAAUUGUGUCCCCCCAAAAAGAUAGAUUGAGGUCCUAAUCCCUAGUACCUCAAGAUAUGACCUUAUCUGCAAACAGGGUCAGAUAUAAUUAGUUAAGAUGAAGUCAUCCUGGAGUAGAGUGGGCCCUAAUUCAAUAUGACUGGUGUCCUUAUAAGAAGAUGGUCAUAUGAAGACACAGACACAGGGAGAAUAUCAUGUGAAGAUGGGGGCAGAGAUUGGAGUGAUGCAUCUACAAAGCAAGGAACACAAGGAUUGCCAGCUCUCACCAGAAGCUAGGAGAGAGGCGUGGAAGUUUUCCUUUAGAGCCUGCAGAAGGAAGCAACCCUGCCAAUACCUUCAUUUCAGACUUCUAGCCUCCGGACCUGUAAGAGAAUAAAUUUCUGUGGUUUUAAGCCACCCAAUUUGUGGUACUUUGUGACAGCAGCCCUGGGAUACUAAGGCAGCUCUAUUUUCCUCCUGGGUUCCUGACCCGUUGAUCCAUUGGCUUCCUGGACAUUUCCUCCUGGAUACCCCACAGGAAUUCAAGAUGCUGCAGGAUGUGGCUGUGAAUGAAUCACAGAGGGAUGCUGGGCACUGGGUCUGCACCCAGUGGAGUCUCUGCAAGGAAGAGAUGCUAGAGGAGACAGAGCUGGUCUCACUGGAUUCUGAGACAAGGAAUAAGAUGAAGGAUUGGAAGUCAAAGAUGGAAAUUUCUGAAGAAAAAGAGUCAGCAAAGGCUGAAUCAGAAAGACUCCAAAGACAGAUCUCUGAGGAAUGUGGGUUAGUUGAAACUGGUGAUCCUGAGGACAGAUUAUUGAGGCAUUGGGUAAGCCCCUUAGAAGAUGCAGUGAGACAUCCUCUUUCCCAAGAGAGAGGCAUCAGGGAAGUGAAUCUCAUCCCUAAGACAGCCAUUAUAGGAGAGAGAGGCCAUGGAUGUAAUGAAAGAGAAAAAAUACUUUCUGCAGGAGAAAGAUCCCACAGAUAUGAAGACUGUGGUGAGAGCUUCAAAGAGAAGUCAGAAGUAACUGAACAUCUGAAAACUGAUAAUAUAAAGAAAACCUAUGAAUGUAAGGAAUGUGGAAAAACUUUCAGUCGGAGCUCAAAUCUGAUUAUACAUCAGAGAAUUCAUACAGGAAAGAAACCAUAUGUAUGUAAUGAAUGUGGGAAAGACUUUAAUCAAAGUUCAAAUCUUAUUAUACAUCAGAGAAUUCAUACUGGAAAGAAACCUUAUAUAUGUUGCGUAUGUGGAAAAGACUUCAAUCAGAGCUCUAACCUGGUUAGACAUAAGAGAAUUCAUAGCGGCGAGAAUCCCUAUGAAUGUAAAGAGUGUGGAAAGGCCUUCAAGGGAAGCUCAAACCUUGUCCUACACCAGAGAAUUCAUAGUGGAGGGAAGCCAUAUAUAUGUAAUGAAUGUGGCAAGGCCUUCAAUCAAAGCUCAGAUCUUAUUAUACAUCACAGAAUUCACACUGGAGAGAAACCUUAUGAAUGUUAUGAAUGUGGACAAACCUUCAGUCAGAGUUCACACCUUGUCACCCAUCAGAGAAUUCAUACUGGAGAGAAACCCUUCAAAUGUAGUGAAUGUGAAAAGGCCUUCAGGCAGCGUUCACGCCUUACUGAACACCAGAGACUCCACAGUGGAGAGAAACCCUAUGAAUGUUGCCAAUGUGGGAAAUCCUUCAGUGGGCGCACAGCUUUUCUUAAACAUCAGAGACUACAUACUGGAAAGGAACUUGAAUGUGAAAAAGCAUGCACUUCUGACUUGGACGUUAUCAGACAACAGAAAAUUCAUAGGGAAGAAAAACCUUAUGAAUGUACUGAGUGUGGAAAAACUUUCCGGGGAAGUUCAGAUCUAAUUCGGCACUGGAUAAUUCAUACUGGAGAGAAACCAUAUGAAUGUAGUGAGUGUGGGAAAGCCUUUAGCCAGAGGUCGCACCUUGUUACACAUCAGAAAAUUCACACUGGAGAGAAACCCUAUCAGUGCAAUGAAUGUGGGAAAGCCUUCCGGCAGCAUUCACUCCUUAUUCAACAUCAGAGAAUCCACAGUGGUGAGAAACCCUAUGAAUGUAAGGAAUGUGGAAAACUCUUCAUCUGGCACACAGCUUUUCUCAAACAUCAGAGACUGCAUACUGGAGAGAAACUUGAAGGAUGUAAGGAAACAUUCAGCAAGGAUGAGUUACUUAGAGAAGAGCAGAGAAUUCACCAAGAAGAGAAAGCUUAUCAGUGUAAUCAGUGUGGUAGAACUUUCCGAGGCAGCUCAGACCUCGUUAGACAUCAGGUAACUCAUACAGGAGAGAAACCAUAUGAAUGUAGAGAAUGUGGGAAAACUUUCAACCAGAGCUCAGACCUUAUGAGACAUCAUAGAAUUCAUAGUGGAGAAAAACCUUAUGUAUGCAAUAAAUGUGGGAAAUCUUUUAGGGGCAGCUCAGAUCUUAUUAAACACCACCGUGUUCAUACUGGAGAGAAACCCUAUGAAUGCCCUGAAUGCGGGAAGGCCUUCAGUCAGAACUCACACCUUAUUAAUCACCAGAGAAUUCACACUGGAGAGAAACCCUUUGAGUGUAGCAACUGUGGGAAGGCCUUCUGUGGGCGCACAGCUCUUCUUAAACAUCAGAAACUUCAUACUGGAAAGGAACUUGGGGAAUGUGAGCGAGUCUUCAAACAGGACUUAUUCUGAUACGUAACAGAAACCUAAUGAAUGUAGGAAAAGCCUGAUGGAGACCACAUCUUAUUGCACUAUAGACGAUUUUUAUUGUUGAAAACCAUUUGAAGGUAGGAGACCACUGGAAGAGUCCUGCAGGAUGGGAAACAUAUAAGUGUAAUCAAGUGGAAAAGUUCUUGGACAUAAUCACCUUUUUUCUGCCUCAGAGUUCACACUGGAGUAUGGUCCCAAGGAUAUAAUUACUUGAGACUGUUUUAGGGGACUUCUGUCAUUAGUAAAAUCAUUAGAAAUCACUUUGGCAAUAAGCCCAAAACUAAAUUCUUCAUGGAAGGAGCCAUUUUGAUCUUGACUACUAGUCCAGUGACAAGUAUAAAUCUGCUUUAAGUACUUUAGGGUGAUUAAAUGUUUCUCUUGGAUAAAUUCUUCCCUAUAGAUAUGUUUUAUACAUACUCCUCUUUUGUCUUCCUUAUAAAAAUAUGCUUAUGCAUAUGUGAUAGUGCUAAUUAGAAUGAUGCACUAAUCGAGAGGAAACAAAAAGUAGUAGAAAUGGCUUGACAACAGGAUCUGAAGGCUAGGACACAAGAGCCAGUGAGAUGUCCCCAGAGAAAGAGUAGUGACUACUAGUAGAAUCAGGAGAUGAAAGAGGAAGGGACAGGAGGACAGUAAGUGUUGGGCAUAGGGUUAGACUGAGUGCCAGGGGAUGUGAAUAGGUGGAAAUUAGACGAAAGCAACUACUGUGAAGGGUCAGGUGGUUUUAGGGAGAGUGGUUUUGUUUGAACCAGGGCUUUGUAAUCGGGCACAGCUUAUUUGAGAAUUGGAGAGUCUACAUGGAACUCUGAAGGGAGCUCAGUCGUCAUUUCAUCUGAUAACUAAUAUUGGUAAUUAGGCCCUGCCUGUCUGUGCAAUCAAACUCAAUCAUCAAAUAUUUCUUGUACUCUGAGCUACUGGCAGAUUGUAUAUCAACUUACACAAGUCAUCAGAUAAGAAAGUUACUAAAUGGGACAAUUUAAGGCAAAGAGAAGUUUAACCUCGUAUUUUUCCUCAGUGGGAGUAGCUUUUGAGAUGCACGGUGGGGAUCAGUGGUUCUCAGCUGGGGGGACUUUGCCUCCCAGGGGAUAUCUGGCAAUGUCCAGAGACAUUUUGGUUGUCACUACUGGGAAGAAAAUAUUCCAAACCAGGGAUGUUGCUAAAUAUUUUAUAAUACACAACACCCCCCACAACAAAGAAUUAUCUGGCCCCAAGUGUCAAUAGUGCCAUGGUUGAGAAACCCUGACCAUAGAUAUUUAGAACACUAGUCACCUGGGGCCAUUUAAGCAAGCGUGUCCGUGCGAUGUGGGCAGUGGCAGUGCAUCCCAAGGGGAACCAAGAGUCUAAUAGAAACCUUUAGUUUGAUGAACUGUUUCAAGAGAGGCAACCUGGUGUAGAGGAGGGAGCAGAGACAUGGGUUUGAAUCCCAGUACAACAUAUUGGCUUCGGGACCUGGAGCAAAUUAUGUAACUCCUCUGAUCCUUAUUUUCCCCAUUAAUAGAAUGGUGAUAGAAUAAUGUACCUUAUGGUGUAAUUGUGAGGUUUAAAUGAGAAAACUGAAAUUUACUGUUAACAUAUAAAAGGGCAUCUGGAGCUUUAAUUUUGUUUAAACAGAAGAUGAAGUAUUUACAAGCAACAUAUAAGAUACAGUGGUGUCUUAUGGCUGGUGUGAAGAAUAUGACCUGUUAAAGUUCAAAGCGUUAAGGGCUAUGGCUUCCCCAGAGGGGCAUCCUGAACAGUAGUGGGAUGUCUUGAAGUAGAGAAGCCCAUCCACACCAUCCCUGACAGCUGGCUGCUUAUGGAUGAUGUGUUCCCCGGGCUCCAGAAGCCUGCCUACUCCCAUCACCUGCCUCAGAGGUUUAAGCUCCUCAGUAAUCUCACAUAAACUAAUAAUCUUUUUUUAAUUCCCCAAAGCCCCAGUAUGUAGUUGUAUAUUCUAGUUGUAGGUCCUCCUAGUUCUUCUAUGUGAGCGGCCGCCACAGCAUGGCUACUGACAGAGGAGUGGUGUCAUUCCGUGCCCAGGAACCAGACCUGGGCCACCGAAACAGAGCACGCCGAACUUUAACUGCUAGGCCAACAGGGCUGGCUCCUAAUAAUCUUUUUACGUGAGGAUAUCUUUUAAAUAUAUUUGGGAAGCCAAAGGAAUUCAAAAUAGCUAUCAGUGAUACACUUGAAUUAAAAAUUAAAGAUACUUAAAUUUUGAGUUAUCCCAGAUUCUAACUAAUCAAAACCUUUAGCUAACUGAAACAUUUUAGCAUCCUAUUUUUAUAAAAGAGAGGAAUUGGGAAUUUAUUCUAAACAGCCUAUCUCCAUCUCCUUUACAUGUAUUUACAGUGCUGUACAGUGAGAGCGAUGUUUAUAAGGAUAAGCAGGAUAUUGAAAGAGACUCGAAGGUAAUUUAAUGCAGUGGUUUCCAGCUUUUUAAACAUUAGGAUCCUCUUUUUUACUCCGCUGUGCACUGUUUUUUAAAAUCUUUUGUUUACCAAACUACAUUUAUUAAAUAAUAAUUAGUUCUUUAUUUUUAGCUAUUCGCAUACAUGUAUAACCACCAAUCCUGCUUCUGAUUGGCAUAACAUAACCAGACUCAGGUACUAAAAUUCCGGCCCACAGCAAAUAACUUAACAUUUUCCUUAGUCUUUUUAUUCCUUUUGUGGGCAAAUACAUAAUUUGCCUUGAGAUUUUUAAAAUAUUAACUAUUGCUUGAAGACCCCAGACUGAAAAUUAACCUUUUCAUUUCAUCCCUGAUAGAGCUUGAAUUAUAUUGAGUAUAUUGGACUUUUGAAAGCAGAGGGAGAUUUUUGUUACAGAAUGGAAAUGCUUUCAACUGUGAAUGUUGAAAUAAAAGUUAUGCAAGAAAUACUUAUUGAGUGUCUAAUAUGUGCCAGGGGCCACAAUUAGAUAGAUAGGGCUAGAGAAAGACAGUCAUUAUUCUUCGAGGAGCUUAGAGUCCAGUAGGGGCU